UCCAAUCCUUCCUCCUUCAUCACAAUCUCAAUCUUUCAAAAAAUUCCGAAUUCAAAACUCCAAAAUCCCUCCAAUAAUGGCUCGUACUAAGCAAACUGCCCGCAAAUCUACCGGAGGAAAGGCUCCAAGAAAGCAGCUAGCAACAAAAGCUGCUCGGAAAUCGGCGCCAGCGACUGGAGGAGUGAAGAAACCUCACAGAUUCAGGCCUGGAACUGUAGCUUUGAGAGAGAUUCGUAAGUAUCAGAAGAGCACUGAACUUUUGAUUCGUAAGCUUCCAUUUCAGAGAUUAGUGCGAGAAAUCGCUCAAGAUUUCAAAACGGAUCUUCGUUUCCAAAGUUCUGCGGUAGCUGCUCUUCAGGAAGCUGCUGAAGCUUAUUUGGUUGGAUUGUUUGAGGAUACUAAUUUGUGUGCUAUUCAUGCUAAGAGAGUUACUAUUAUGCCUAAGGAUAUUCAGCUUGCCCGUAGGAUUCGGGGUGAGAGGGCUUAGAUUUUGAUUUUUGAUUGCAAUUUUGGCUAGCAUAGGUAUUUUGAAAAUAUUUGAAUGCUUUAUACAUGCUCUGUACGAUUAUGAUUGUUUGAAGGAUUAUUAGUAAUGCUAAUUUUGUCUAUCAUCGCUCAAUUAUUGUUAUUACUACCUUACUGGUAAUCUGCUGGA